GAGGCUAAUGCAACCAGAAUGAACUGGUUUGGGAGACAAAAGCUGGGGGCUUGAGGAGGUGCACGAGUGGAGAGAGGCAGGAGACCAGAGACAAGUUUCCCCCUGACCCGACCGCCUGAUACACAAGAUGAGGGCUGCACCGCUGCUGCUGCUGCUGUUGGUCGCUCUCAUCACCACCGUGGCUGGAGGGAAAAACAAAGAGAAAAACAAACCCUCCCAGUAUGGGUCAGAAUGCACCGACUGGCGCUAUGGCAACUGUGUGCCUAGCAACGGAGACUGUGGAGCGGGAUUUAGAGAGGGGUCAUGUGACCAGCAGACCAACAAGAUGAAAUGUAAAGUACCAUGCAACUGGAAAAAGGACUUUGGAGCUGACUGUAAAUAUCGGUUUGGAAGUUGGGGACAUUGUGAUCCGAGCUCUGGCUCAAGAACCCGAACGGGGACAUUGAAGAGGGCCCUCUACGACGCAGAGUGUCAACAGACAAUUUCUGUCUCCAAACCGUGCCAGGGAAAACCGAGAAAGCAAACAAAGGCCAGACUGACGAGUUCCCAGCUGGACGUUCCUCAGUCUCAGUCGAGAAGAAGGAACUCUUUGGCCUCAGCUGCAGUCACGAGCAGUUAAUGGCUGAUUGGAUGUGAAGGGGGGGGGGCGCUCGUGAGGUACUCCAGAAUGAAUGAUAGCUGUAGACCCAAAACGUAACUUUGAUGUUAUACCUUUUUUUUUUAUUUUACAUAAUUUACACGAUGUUUUUGAUGUAGAAAAAUAUGUAUAGUUCCAUUAGAUGAGAUUUCUGCAUUUGUGACAUCAAGCAAAACAAUACACAUUCGCAUUUUAGUUUCACCCGAGCGUUUUUAUGUAUGUAUGUAUGUGGAAUAUAGUUAUUAACUCCACCAUGAUCAGUUAGCAGCUUCUACAUUAGCCUGAUUUACAUCUGGCUCGUUCACUUCAUUCACGUUCCUAUAUGAUCGAUAUUAUCUAUAUCUUUUUUUGUGUUGAGGCAGGUGUAAAUAAGUAUUUUAGGUCAUUACGGACUGUCUCAUGAGCGCCCUCUUGGUGAAUUGCAGCCAAUUACAAUACUGUACAACAGGAGCUGUUUACUGAGCUAAACCCUACUAUUGUGAUAUGAACCAUGAGGAUAUAAAAGGCCUAAAUGACUUUGCUCUAAUGCAAACUUGACUUUUAAAGAAUAGAAAAAUGUUCUUGGGCUCUGUCCAGUACUUAUGUGUAUCGAGUUGUAACCCACACAUAAUCUUGUUCUCUUUAUUGCUUUGUGAUACUUUUAUAUUCUUCUCUUCUUCACCCCCAAAAAAUAGAAACGAAGCAGUAACUGUCAGAAGCAGUUGUGGGUCUGACAGCUGGACAGUGGCCCCAACACUUAGAGAUUCAUAGCCUGAUUCCCAUUCACAUAUUCCUGUGCCUUCCUCAACCACGACGAAGACAUGACAGCAGCACGGAGUCCACACGAUGAAGCGAGCGUGACCCGUAGCUUUAUGACCAACCAAUCGCAGCUUCUUCUAAAUCGAAGGGAUAUUUGUGUUAUUAAUCUUCCUUUACGCCACCAUCCACUUUAAAUAAUGUGAAAAAUGUUGGCCUAGGGCGUUCUCAAUAUCUGAGCCUUCACCGCCGAACCUUUAAUAGGAUAAAUGCACGUGGGCUCCCGCUCCGUGCUGGAGAUGGGAGCUAUUUUAAUUUCCAGGUUGUCUCAGCUCGUCUUUGCUUUGGUUCUGGAACUAUCUUAUUAAUCUGGGAUGUGUCGGUAGCAGACAAACUUUUCUUUUACUGUAUGUCGGAGAGCUGGAGCUGAUUGUGGCUCAAUAAACACCGUCCUCUUCUAUAAAUCUAACCACCACUGUCACUAGUUAAUCAAAAUUGCCUUAGGACCACAGCAGCUCUCCCUAAACCAUUACAUUAAUUUCACUUUGAAUGUUGCUAAUACGGGACUACAGGAUCUCUUAGGAAAUAACACAGCUACUGAAAACUUAGUCGAGCAACUCACGAUUGUAUGAAAAAUGGACCAAUAAAGCAUUUAUAGUUCUGUGUAUCUCUUUGAUCCGGUUUCCGAAUGUUCUUGCUUGUUGAGUUGCUGUAACUGUGACGUCAAUAUUACACCGAUUACUGUUAUUAUUUGUUUAUUAUUAAAGGCUGACACAUUUCUCACUGUGACGCUAAGUUCUGCCGCCUGUGAUCUCGAUGAUACGGCGUCAUGUGACUUUGAACUGGUUUUAAUGACCUGAUUUGCCUGUCUCUCCACUGCACAGUCGGUCUCACACACACGCUGUCACACACCUACACACACCUAGAAUCCGUCAGUCAUGCCUUUGAUGUAGGUUGGAGAAGAAAGCUUUCAUCAAUAAAUAAACGGCUCCCCGCUGAAGAUUUAUUCCGCUGUCUUAAUUUCAGCCGUCGACUCGCAUCUGGCUGAGGCGCCGCUUGUGUUGUUUAUCCAGAUGUUUGUGACCUUUUCCAUUCCCCAUCAAGAGAUUUUCCCAACUUCCUUUCUCGCAAUAUUCUACUUUAAGUUCAUUCUCUUGGUUGUGCUUUUGAUUUUAUGUUUUCUGUCUGUUCCUCGAGGGCUCUUCUAACGCAGCCGAGGCAUUUCAAACGAGCGCGGUAACGGUGAUCCCAACUGCAAAGACCACACAACAGAAGCACAAUCACAACAGAAAUGGAUGUUGACCAUGAAAUUAACUGAAUUACUCACUGUUGUGUUGGGGCGUUUUUGCAGUUGUGUUAUCCAGUAACGCACACGUGUCUCCUCAGCUGCACAAUUCUUCAAAUUCAGUAAAAACAACUCGGAGUUGAACUAGUAAGACUUUGGUGGUCAAAGGUCAGGGUAACUGUGACCUCACAAAACAUGGAACUCAAGAUUUUUUUAAUAUGACAGAAUCGUCACGGUGACCUCAAUAUGUUGUGGGCAUAUCUUUACACCAUAACUCAGGAACAGAGAACUAUUUGAUCCUUAACGUCCUAUUUGAGUAAAUCCCCUUCAUACAUGUAGCCUAUUACUAAAUCAGGAGAAAGAUAUUUUACCUGAGUCAUACCUAGUCAUUACAGGGAAUCUAAAUCUAAUAUAAAAAGUACAUGGCUUUAGAGCACUCUGCAGGCUUGGUUUCCAGCUGUGGACCUUUCCCCUGCUCUCUCCCCUUACUUCCAGUCCGACUCGUCACAGUUGGUCCGGUCUAGUUUGAAGUUUGAAAGUGGGACAAGUCGCUGCAGUGACUCUACUGGAACUGGUCAAAUGGCAGUUUCACAGGACGAUGCAAGAUGAUGAUGAUGCUUUCUAUGAAACGACUGUUGGACAACGUGGUGAUAAUUAUAAAAUAAGAAAAGAAAACACUCAAGGUGCAGUGGAAGUACAAAUACGAAAGAAUGAAAGAUCAAAUAAAUAACGUGCAAAGAACGGUGGUGAUAACACACUGAUGAGAUGAUGAUAAUGUUAAUAAUAAUUACAAAUAUACCUUUUUUCCCCUUGUUUAUGGUUCGGAGUUAGGUUAUAUCUUUGCCACUUGUUUAUAAGUCAUUUUUAUAGUUUCACAAACUUAGAUCAUUACAUCAAGUUUGGUUAUUUUCUCUACAGCCACUUUAGUUUACAAACACAUCCAGUCUUUUUUAGUUGUCAAAUCUUCAUUAUUGCGACAUUUUUUUAUUCUCCAUAUCGGGUUUUAAUCUUAUUUCCUCAAACACCAGUGUAAUUACACACAAACACACAAACCCACAUAGCAAAAUUGGAUUGGCCCAGAUCUGGCCCUGCAUACUGCAUCCUAAUAUCCCACAUCUGGGCCACAUACCACCAUGAUGGCACUUGGGCGGUCUGCUCCUGUUUGCCUGAGCUGGGCCACAGAUCAGCCGUAGCAAAGGGCCAAAGGCGGCCCCGACUUGUUUUGUGCAACUUCCAGCUCACAGCCAUUUUGUUUGGACCACAAGAAGGCUGGAAGUGCUGCAUCACUGCCCACAUCCGUUUGCUGUCUUGGAAAAGCAGAGGGUAACAUCAUGCAUGAAUGCAGUGGUAAAUAAGAAUAAUAUCUGCGGUUAGAAGAGAAAGAGAGAUGAGAAAUUUACAGAGGGAUAUCUAAGUAGUUAUGCUACAGGGAUGAGCCCCUCAUGGAGAAGGCCUCAGAGAAAGCCUGGCAGGAAAAUCACACACUCUUACACGAUGGAGCCCCGCGGGACAUUUUAUCUCAUUUACUAAUGAGCACGGCCUUGUCAAAAUUUAAUGAGCCUUUGUUCUACAUUUCCACGCUCAGGAUUUUAGAUAAGAGCACAUAGAAGACACUUAAAGUCAAAGAGGUCACUUUUGUUUCGGUGAAGAAAGUGGUUGGUGAAAGACAGCGCGCUCCGCUGCCUGUCAAAUGGAAACGUGUUCGCAGGCCUCACUCUGAGCCACUGGUGGGACCCACUGGGAACGUGAUCAACCAUUCUGAGGUCUGGAAUCAGGCUGGUGAUUAUGUUUUAUCUCACAAUCAUAACACAGACUAAAAUAAUGGCCGGUGUGAUCAUUUUCCAGCGUUGUGAAGUCCUGUCUCGUGGUAUUAGGAGCCCGUGUGAAGUGUCUCGGUGUCUGAUAUGUCUUCCAGCUCAUUGAUGUGUCACUCAAACCCGGGCUCUGUGGAUCACCAAUGAGUUCUAAUGCACUGCCGUUGUGAAAAAUCCACAAUCUGUGUGUUUGCUACUAAAAUGAUAAGGAGAAAAAUACUGUUUCACGCUUGUUAAGACUCUUGGAUCAGGUUAUAAGGAAAGAUCCUGGUCUGGUGUAAAAAGGAAAAAGGACACAACCACUGCAGACACUUGUUUUUUUUUUUAUAUUAAAGCAAAACCGAAGGAUGCCAGGUGCCAGGAUGUCAGUCCUUACAUGUAGUGCUUCAUUCAGAAGGAAAGAAAGAAACAUGCUGCCCCUGAACACAAUCCUUGGCCCUGUAACUGUCAUGGAGCCGACUUCCUCCAUCCCCAGUGUGUGAUUCCGUGGGGGUCAGUGUUGGUCUGUCUGCUGAGAUGAAGGAGCACUUUCCUCUGCUCAUCUCAUCCACACUUCAAUGUGAAUUUAUGCUGCUGAAGUCGUCAUCUCACUUGGGUCUGGUCUUCUCGCUCACACGGGUUCGUCCGUUUCAAUUAACACUUGAGGCGACUUUAGCACGUGUGGCUCUGAUCUGUGGCUCUAACGAUUGGCCACAGGUAACAGGAGAUAAUAAUAAUACAUAUUAUUUAUACAGUCGCCUCAAAAUCUUUAAAAAACACUUUGCAUAGGAUUUAAAAAACUGAAUAAAUAAUGCACUUUAUGGCUCAACCACUUUACUUUCUGCUGCUGCUGCUCUUUGCAGCAGAUACAUAUUUAUAUACACUAUUAUAUAAAAUGCACAUCAUAAGCACACAUUAGAAUAUAAAAUACAUCGCACGUCAUUAUCAAAUAUGAAAAGAUUAAACCCAUAAAACAGUUGUGUAGCUCGCACAGUUGCAGGGUUUUUGACUCUGUGGUGAUUUUUGCUUCUCCAUUUUGUUCCUUUCAUGAAUAAAUUCUUCUGAUUGAAUGUGAAAGAUCAACACCUGCAUCCUGAUCCUCUGCACUCACACUACCAGCUUAAACAUUUAUUUCUAUCUUAUUGAAUUUUAUUUUUUUUAAUUCAUUUAAAAGAAUUUCAUGUUUUUAAGAGUUCUUUUAAAUGAAUAACGCCUUUUAAUAUUUGUGAUUCCUUGAUUUUUGCUGUGCUCUUGAUUCUAUGACCUGUCAUAAGCACUUUGUAACUUAGAAUUUGAAAAGUGCUCUAUAAAUAAAGUUAUUAUCAUUAUGA